UUGUGAUGUAGUACAUGCUUAGAUUCUAGUCACACAAAAAUCAUCACCAGGUGUGAAUGUGUGAUGAUGGCCAUUAGAGCUUCAGCUACCUCUAAACUACCACUUCCAAGAGCACCUUCUCGGCAGCUGAAGUUCUCUAUUCUCCCAAAGCUCCCACCCAUAAAGCCUCAAUUCAGUCCCAACUCCUUUUCAGUGUCACUUACAACUUCAACUGCACUCUCCCUCCUCCUCUUCACCGCUCCACCCUUUGAAGCUAAAGCACUUACCCUUCCCAAGGAGGAGAUUAUCUCUUCCCUUAACCAGGUUGAGUCUACAAUCAAUCAAAUACAGCGGUUGGGCUUGAGCGCUUUUGACACUGGUGAGCGAGUGAUAGGACCUGUUGUUGAGCUCUUGAAGCCUGGCAUUUACAUGGCAUUACCUAUUUUAAAGCAGGCCAUAGAGGAAGUGGUGAAUAUUGCUUCCCCUGUGAUUUCUCGUACAUCUAUGAAAGCUUUAGAGGCAAUUCAAGACUCGGGCAUUGAAACUCAGCCUGCUCUAGCUGCUGUCCAGACACUGGCUAAUGCUGUGCAGCAAACAUCUAUUGUAAUUCAAGGGGCCAUUCCUAUAGCUUCAUCAACAGUACAAUCCAUCUUAUCGGCAGAACCAGCUCUCAUUGCGGGGACUGGCGGGGGACUUUUUGUUUCAUAUAUCCUGCUUCCACCCAUUUUUUCGACCAUCUUUUUCCGCCUCCGUGGCUACAAGGGUGACCUGACUCCUGCUCAAACAUUGGACCUAAUGUGCACAAAAAAUUACAUUAUGGUUGAUAUCAGAUCAGAGAAGGAAAAAGAAAAGGCUGGAAUUCCUCGCCUUCCACCCAAUGCUCAAAAUACAAUGGUUGCAAUUCCUUUAGAAGAGUUACCAAGUAAGGUAAGAGGUCUAGUGAGGAGUCCAAAGAAGGUAGAAGCUGAAAUGGUAGCUUUCAAGAUAUCACAUCUGAAGAAAAUCAACAAGGGUUCUAACAUUGUAAUCAUGGACUCGUAUUCAGAUUCAGCUAAAAUAGCAGUUAGAGCACUGACUAGGCUGGGAUUCAAGAACUGCUGGGUUGUAAGUGGUGGCUUCUCUGGAAGCAGAGGGUGGUUGCAAACCAAGCUGGGAUCAGAUUCUUACAAUGUUUCAUUGACUGAAGUAGUUUUUUCACCAUCUCGUGUCAUCCCUACAUCAGCAAGACGUUUUGGAGCAAAAAACCCCAUGAAAUUGCUUUCAGGGAGUACAGAUUAAAACCUUCCUUUUUCUAUGAUAAUGUUUACCAAUUAUUCAAGUUGAUGCGUGUAACAUGUUAAUGAAAUUCAUUUAUUUUUUCCUGAGUUGAUCAGAUAAUCUGAUUUAUGGCAUGGUUGUUAAUAUGCUUAAGCAAAUAUGAAUUAUCAUACCAUUUACAAAAUCAAGAAUAAGAUGUUAAUUUAAGUCAUGUACAAAUUCUUCUUAGAUGUCUACUUGUACAACUGAUAUGAAAUAUAUAAUAAUGUAUUGGACUCUGUUGUUAGAAAAUUCUAUGGAGAACUAAUAAUGUUGUCCAAACUCCAAUUUGAAAGAAAAGUGGUAUGCAAACU